AUGGUGGUGGCCGUGAGGGUGGUGGCCAUGAGGGUGGUGGCCGUGAGGGUGGUGUCCAUGACAGUGGUGGCCAUGAGGGUGGUGGCCAUGAUGGGGAGCAAGGACCUGGAGCUGAGGCUGCCAGAGGGCAGCCCUGGGGGCUCCCCAUUCCAACCCCAAAGAGCUACAGGGAGCCCCCUGAAGGAGGGGGCUGACCCUCCUGCCUCUGGCCCCAGCCACAGUCUACACCCUAAGGCCAAGCAGAGAGUUGGAAGGGGUCAGGUAAAAAUGGAGCCCCAGGACAAAGCUGGGGAGCUAGCCAUCACCAAGCAGCCAAUGAACAAACCCAAACACAGAUGGAGUGCCAGGAUGGAAGAAAGCCUGGACAGGAGGCAGGAUGGAGUGUUCUUCAAAGGCAGCACCAUGGACAGAGCCAGCAACUGCCCAGAGAAAACAGACUGCCCCAUCAAUGUGAACUUUGUCCUGGACACCUCGGAGAUCGUGACCAUGCAGUCUCCCAUAGGCAGCCUGUUGAGCCAAAUGCAGCAGUUCCUUCUCCAGUUCACUAGAGAGCUGAAGAACCAGCACUACCGUGACCAGGUAGCCAUCUGCUGGAACUAUGGAGGCCUGAACUUCUCUGAUGAGGUGGAAAUCUUCAGCCCCUGGCUCCAGAAAAUCAGGUCCUUCCACCGAGGCACCUUCACAGACUGCACCAUCAUCAAUAUGACCCAGGAAAUCAUGAGAAAUCCCAGCAAGGGCACGAACUUUGCCAUAUUAAUCACUGACAGGCACGUGACUGGGAGCCCAUGCGGCAGCAUCAAGAUGCAGGCUGAAAGAGCCCGGGACAUGGGCAUCAAGCUCUUCUCGGUGGCCCUCAACCAGAACAAGAAUGAACACGGGCUUCGAGAAAUCGCCAACCUCCCCCAUGAGCUCUACCAAAACAACUACCUCACCAUCAGAGAGGACUCAUCUAUUGACCAGGACACCAUUGACAGGAUCAUCAAGGUCAUGAAACACGAAGCAUAUUCAGAGUGCUACAAGGUGAGCUGCCUGCAGAUCCAAGGUCCUUCUGGUCCCAAGGGUUAUCGAGGACAGAAGGGUGUCAAGGGGAACAUGGGUGAGCCAGGCGAACCUGGGCAGAAAGGAUGGCAGGGAGACCAAGGCAUUGAGGGCCCCAUUGGCUUCCCCAGACCCAAGGGUGUCCCUGGUUUGAAAGGCAAGAAGGGUGAAUAUGGCGGAGACAGAAGAAGGGGAGCUGCUGGGCUGGCAGGCAAGAAUGGGACAGAUAGACAGAAGGGGAAGCGGGGACGCAUUGGACCCCCUGGCUGCAAAGGGGACCCUGGUGACAGAGGUGGAAGAGGGGACUUUGGCAUUAAAGGAGCCCCAGGAAGAAAAGGAGAGAAAGGAAAGCCGGGAGAUUCUGCACGCCCAGGACACCGAGGACCGUCAGGACUGGAUGGAGAGAAAGGAAAUCCAGUUUACAAAGGCAACACUGAAGUCCCUGGAAGCCCAGGCCUAAAGGGAGCCAAGGGAGGACCAGAAACCAGAGGACCCCGGGGAGAACAGGGCCAUUGAGGAGAUCCCGGGGCCAAAGGUGGCCCAGGAAAUGAUGGGCCAAAGGGAGAAAAGGGAGACCCUGGCCCCGAAGGACCCAGAGGCCUGGCAGGAGAAAUUGGGAACAAAGGAGCCAAGGGUGACCGUGGCUUGCCUGGGCCCAGAGGACCUCAGGGCAACCUUGGAGAGCCAGGAAAGCAGCCUCCGCCAGCUGCCUCACCUCACAGGAGGGCACCCCAACCAUGGCCAUUUAGCUUUACCCCCAACAGCAGGGACUGUGUGAAGCACUGUGGAGCUCUGGACUUCGUGCUUGUCAUUGACAGCUGUGAGAGCACUGGCUACACCAAUUUCUCACUGGAGAAAAAUUUUGUCAUCAGUGUGGUCAACAGGCUUGGUUUCAUCACCAAGGAUCCCAAUUCAGACAUAAGGACUCGCAUCGGUGUGGUUCAGUACAGCCAUGACGGGACCUUUGAGGCCAUUAAGCUGGACGAUGAGCGGAUUACCAGCCUUUCCCAAUUCAAGGAGGAGGUGAAAAAGUUAGAGUGGAUCGCGGGGGGCACCUGGACACCCUCAGCCCUGAAUUACACCUACAACGCACUCAUCAAGGGCAGCAGGCGGAAGAGGACAAAGGUGUUCGCGGUCGUCAUCACAGAUGGACACCACGAUCCCCGCGAUGACGAGCAGUCCCUGACAGCCUUGUGUAACACGGUUGAGAACGUCGUGGUCACGGCCAUUGGCAUCGGGGACAUGUUCAACGAGCAGCACGAGAGCGAGAGCCUGAGGUCGAUCGCCUGCAACCAGAAGGGCCAAGUCCGCAACAUGACCUUGUUCUCCGACUUGGUGGCUGAAAAGUUCAUCGACGAGAUGGAAGUUUUCCUCUGCCCAGAUCCACAGAUUGUCUGCCCCGACCUUCCCUGCCAAACAGAACUGUACGUAGCCCAGUGUACCCAACGGCCUGUUGAUAUUGUCUUCCUGCUGGACAGCUCAGAGAGGAUCGGGGAGCACAACUUCCACAAGGCCCACUGCUUUGUGGUGGAGGUGGCACGGAGGCUGACCCUAGCCUGGCGACACAACAACCCCAUGAAUGCCCGAGUGGCCCUCCACCAGUAAGGACACGCGAGGGAGUAGGAGGUCAUCUUCCCGCUCACCAACCUGACGGUGAUCCACAAUGCCCUCAGCAACAUCCGAUACCUCAACUCCUUCUCCCACAGUGGCACCGGCAUCAUACAUGCCAUCAAUAACAUCAUCGUGGACCAGCAGGCGGGCCACCGUAACGCUGAGCUCUCCUUUGUCUUCAUCACCAACGGCAUCACAGGCGAGAUGAGCCUGAAUGAGUCACUCCACUCCAUGAGGAAGCAGGAUGUCGUGCCCACCGUGCUGGCCCUGGGGAAUGACGUCGACAUGGACCUUCUCAUGAAGAUCAGCCUGGGGGAUCGCUCCGCCAUCUUCCAAGAGAAGGACUACGACAGCCUGUCCCAGCCCAGCUUCUUCGAUAGGUUCAUUAGAUGGAUCUGCUAGCUCUCACCCAAAGUUUCA